AUGCCCGGGCCUCGCAAAUCAUGUGAGCGCUGCCGUUUGCGCAAGGCCAAAUGUGUGUGGCCGGAGAACUCGACUACGAGCUGCACUCGAUGUCAACAAGACGAUGAGCCAUGCCAGCUGCCUCCCCGCCAUGCUCACUCUUCGUCCAGGCGAGAGGCCAAUGCAUCAGUCACGAACAGCUCAGUACUCAUGUCAGUACUCAAAGAGAGCCGUGCUGCCACCGUCGAUAAUGCCACCGGUGGUGGUCUAGCUUCCGCGACGUUCGACCAGCGACUUCGCCGGCUGGAGGAUGGCAUUCUGAGGCUUGCAGAUGCCUCAUCCAUUCCGGCAAACCGGACAGACCAUGGCAGUGGCAUUGACGAAGCUACGCGGCCAGGGCGUAUGGCCUCGCGUGGCAUAGAAAUGCCAGGACUGGAUCCUCCGCAUGUUGAAGCGCAUCGGAUCUAUUCACUGAAAGCAAACCGCUCCAAGUAUGGCGGAUCUCAUGCAGGAAGUCGGACGUUGUCCACGUUCGGACUCAGUCCUGUGCCGGACGUGCAACCAGUGGCGACUCAUCCCGUGGCAAUAGACACCUCGCACCUCCCCACAGGCAAACCAUUGCCGCGCUGUUACCUCCCGGCCACCGAUGAAGGUGUCUCCCUCUUGACAGAGUUCUUACACGAUUUCAACAGCAAGAUCCCGCUGCUCUCGCCCAUGAUCAUCGUUAAUCAUGUCAAGGACUGCUAUUCCGGCGCUGCGGACAAGCUUCCAGAAUCUUGGGUUCUCACUUACAUUACAUUUGGCAUCGCACACCGCAUGCGGGCAACGAGCAUGUUUGGCUCAUCUGAGGAUUCGGCAAUGGCGGACUUCUAUAUGAACAAGUGCCUCUGGAAGCUCGCAGACCUACUGCUCGGUGAACCAACCUUGCAACUCGUACAAUGCCUUCUCGGCGUUGCAAUCUUGUUGCAGACGUCGGACAGGUCUCAGCGUGCAGCCUCGUUCGCUUCCAUUGCAAUGCGCAUGGUUCAAGAUCUUGCGUACAAUGACGAGUCUUCCGCCGCAGAUGAAGAUAGAGAUCAAUGCAGGACGAAACGAUACACAUUCUGGAUUGCUUUCUUCCUGGACACUGACUUGGCUUUUGCAAAGAUGCGACCUUCUUCGCAAAGACUCGCAGACAUCAGAACUCCGUUGCCAAACACGCACGAUCAAGACUGGUGGGGACUAGCAUCCUCUUCGGAUACAGGGGGUGAUUGGAGCAUCAACGUUUUCUCUCUCCACGCCAGUCUUGCACUUAUCCAGGCCGAGAUGCUUGAAGAGGUGUUCUCGGUGAAGGCCCGCCAACGAACAUCGAGUCAGACGUUUUCGGCGUAUCGGGCAGUUGUAUCGAAGUUGGCGGCGUGGCGACGAAGUAACGUACUGCCCAGCUUGGAUGCCACAGAGCUGUCGCAAAGCACGUAUCGCUCCGAUAUGGUGCAUCUCGUCGUCCUCGAGGCAAUGUACUUUCGCACCCUCUUCCACCUCCACGCAUCGCAUACUCUGGGUAACUUCACCACAAGUAUAGACGUGCUGUCGACUGAGGCGCUUCAUAGCCUAUCACUGACUGGUCUGCCGGCCUGCGUAGAGGAUGCUCAACGAUUUCUUGCGCUGGUCGGCUUGAUACCUGACAGCGUUACCCCGCUCACUUGGAUAACCACUCGAGCAACUCUGGCCGCACUCUUUACGGUCUUGAGCUUCGGCGUCCGCUCACUUGCCACUGAAGGAGGGCUCCUCAUAUCCUCAGCCGACGCAUCAUCUUACAUGGCUAUUCUCAGCGCGCUGGAGUCUGCAGCUGAGCAAUCGAAUGACGUUGGCCUGGCCAGAUCAACUGAGCAUUGCCGUCGGGUGUACAUGCAAGGGGGGAUCAGUUGA